AUGUCCGAAGCUCAAGAGUCAGACUGGUGCUACCACUGCGACAAACAUGUCGCCGUUAGAACCUUAGAACACGUGGUCCUGUGUUGCGAAUGCAACAAAGGUUUCAUCAGGUCAAUCCAGGCGAUUCCGGAGCCUCCGCCACCACUUCCCCAAGAUUCAAUUAGAUUUGAAGAGCUGCUGAACGAGCUCCGUCGGCAAAGGGAAAUACACAUACUGAGAAUGAUCGACAGGUUAGCUGGGUACGACGUCGCUUUUCUUCCAAAUAUACUGCAAGUAGACAACGGUGGUGGUAGAAGGAGAGGAGCACCACCAGCUGCCAAGUCAGCUGUUGAGGCGUUAGAGACUUUCGAGAUUGGUUCUACUUGUGUGGAGGAAGGAGAGAGGAUGAGUUUGGUUUGUGCUGUGUGUAAAGAUGCCAUGGUGACGGGUGAAAUAGGGAAAAAGCUGCCAUGUGGACAUUGUUACCAUGAUAAUUGUAUCUUGCCAUGGUUAGAGACAAGAAACUCGUGUCCUGUUUGUAGGUUCCAGCUUCGGACAGAUGAUGCUGAGUAUGAGAGUAAUAGAGCAAGAGAAGAACCACCUUUGACUGUUGUUGCUAGUGCUUCUUCUUCGAUGAUAGGGAGAGAAGAAAAUAACGAUCAACAUGUUGUUGAGACGAGGAGGCGAUCAACUAGGAAGAGAAAACCAAACAGAAGGUUCUUGGAUUGA